CCCGCAGUUGCUCCGUUGAGUUCGCGGUCGUUACACGUCGCACGUCGCGUUGAACGGACAAUCGCGACGAUAUACAUAUGCCUCCAGGCGACAUGUCGCCGCUGUUACCAGGAGAUGUGGCAAUCAACAAUGUUAAGCUUAUCAAAGAAAUCGAGCUCAGGCCGUGCCUGUACAACAAAUCGAUGAAAGAAUAUUCGAACUUGAUGUUGAAGAAGAAAAUGUGGGAUGAAGUUUGCAUGAACGUUCUUAUUAAACACUAUAGCAAAUGGAACAAAGUACAGAAACACAGGGCUGUACUGGCUCUACAGAAGCGAUGGAGCAACCUGAGGACGAGUUUCAUAAGAGACAUGAAGAAAAAACAUGAUCUUGGCAAUCAAGAGGACGUGCGCAAAUAUCGCUAUUUUAACCACAUGUACUUUUUACUUGGUACAGGCAUUUCUCCUGAAACGUAUGGCUUUGAGAAUAUACCGAAACCGUCUCCUGGCGAUUGGAACGAUGACGAUGAGGAAGACGGUGGACAAGAAGAGUGUGAAGAUGAAGCAGAGCAAGUUGAGUAUUUAGAGGAUGAAGAAUUUACUCAUAUAAAAACUGAACAUUCAAAUCAAGAAGACUCUGAUGAAGACUUCGAGCCCUCGCCGCAACCACCGACGCCGAGAAAAAGACAUAAGAAAAGAGAAAGUCAAGUUGUUUACGAGGAAGUCAUGUUAGAUCCUUUACAGUAUAUCAGAAACCAAAAAACUGAAGUACUAGAUCAGGAUGUGAAUUUCUGUAUGUCUUUAGCACCUAUGUUUAAGAGUAUGCCACAAAAUAAGAAAUUGAAAGUACAAAUUGAGAUUUUAAAAAUCUUCGAUAAGGUCGUCGACGGGGCGUUUUAGUAUUUUCACUUAUUAACAUUAGUAUAGGUCACGAUAAUUCAUAAGUCUCUUUGUUUGCUAAAUAAAAAAUAU